GUGGCUGGGGCUGGACCGGGACAGGAGAGCGAACGGACGGCUCUUCUGCGGGAAGUAAACGCGCAUCCAGGGGCUUUAUUUCCCAUUUUCUACCUCCCGUAUCUUCCUUUUCUUUCUCGGUUUUCCCUCGUGCUGAGAUGAGGAGCUAAUCAACAGAGGAACAGCUACUCGAGAAGUUUUCAAGUUGGUGGAAAGAGUUCGGACAGGAGCAGAGGAAGAUGCUGAGGUUAAAGGUCGCCGCGCUCUGUCUUCUCUUCGGAGUCCUGACUCACGGCCAGAAGCAGUGCAACAAGAAGAAUGAAUGUCCCAUAGACUUGUACUUCACCAUCGACACAUCAGAGACCAUCGCCCUGCAGGAGCCUCCCCUCGGAGCGCUGGUGGAGAGCAUCAAGAGAUUCGUUGAGUUGUUUGCGAACCGUCUGGAAGACGCUGAGAUCAACGGAGUGGUUCGGGUCAACUGGAACCUCGGAGGACUUCACUUCUCCCAGAGACAGGAAGUGUUCAGCCGCAUCGGACCCAAGAAUGACUUCAUCACUGGCCUCAGGGCGAUCCGUUACCUGGGUAAGGGCACCUACAUCGACUGCGCCCUCACCAACAUGACGCACGAGAUGAGGGCGCAACACUCCUCGCCAGACGCUCUCCGAUUCGCCGUGGUCAUCACCGAUGGACACGUGACCGGGAACCCUUGCGGGGGCAUCAAAGUGGCGGCGGAGAGAGCUCGCGAUGAGGGCAUCAGGAUGUUCGUGGUGGCGGCGUCCAGGAACCUGGAGGAGACGGGGCUGAGGGAGAUCGCCAACUCUCCGGCGUCCGUCUACCGCAGGGAGUUCAUGGCGGUGGACCUGAGCUCAGGAAGAGCCGUGAUACACGAGGCCACCAUCGACCGCAUCAUCAGUACCAUGAAACAUUUGGCCUUCGUAGAGUGUUAUAAAGUGGCCUGUCUGGAGACGCCAGGACCACCCGGUCCCAAAGGACACAGAGGACAGAAAGGAGCUAAAGGAGACAACGGAGACCCGGGCUCUAAGGGAGAGAGAGGUCGCCCCGGAGACCCCGGUAUCGAGGGUCCCAUCGGUCAGCCCGGUACCAAAGGAGAUCCAGGUUUUAAAGGCGAGAAGGGAGAGAUUGGAACUCAGGGGAAAAAGGGCGUCGGUGGCCUCGCAGGACGCAACGGAAAAGACGGACAGAAGGGUAAAAUUGGACGGAUUGGUGCUCCUGGCUGCAAAGGAGACCCAGGAGACAGAGGUCCUGAUGGUCACCCCGGAGACGUUGGUGAACGUGGUUUUCCUGGAACUAACGGAGAAAAGGGGGACCCCGGUCGCCCUGGGAGACCUGGUCCAUCUGGCCCGUCCGGAGACGGUGGACCCAAGGGAGAGAGAGGAAGUCCUGGAUCUCCUGGAGUCCCUGGAUUGAAAGGAAGCCCAGGAACUGCUGGACUUGGAGGACCAAGAGGAGAGCCGGGGAGAAGAGGAGACUACGGGCCAAAGGGAGGCCAAGGGCCAGACGGAGUCAAGGGAGACAAGGGUGAAAUGGGGCCCGAGGGCUUGAGAGGACUUCCAGGUGAAUCAGGAAACAAAGGAACAAAGGGAGACAACGGGCUGCCGGGCCCCAGGGGCCCCCCGGGGCUAUCAGGAGAGGCUGGGAAGAAUGGAACCAGAGGAGAUCCAGGUGAUGCUGGACCAAGAGGAGAACCUGGAACAGCCGGACCAAAGGGAGACCAUGGGAGACCUGGCUUCACCUAUCCUGGUCCCAGAGGAUCAUCGGGAGAUCGAGGAGAGAAGGGGAACCGAGGGCCUCGAGGCAGCAGAGGAGACUGUGGUCAGAAGGGAGAUCCAGGAGACAAAGGAACUCCAGGAGACGCAGGUGAGCCAGGGUCUCAGGGCGAGCCGGGUCUGAGAGGACCAAGAGGAGACGGGGGACGUGAUGGAGAUCCUGGUCCUGAGGGAGACCCCGGCCUCACCGAAUGUGAUGUCAUGAACUACAUCAGGGAGACAUGUGGCUGCUGUGACUGUGAGAAACGCUGCGGCCCCGUGGACAUCGUGUUUGUGAUUGACAGCUCAGAGUCAGUGGGUCUGUCUAACUUCACUCUGGAGAAGAACUUCGUCAUCAACACCAUCAACAGACUGGGUUCCCUCGCCAAAGACCCCAAAUCAGACACAGGCACCAGAGUGGGCGUGGUCCAGUACAGUCACAGUGGAACCUUCCAGGCCAUCAAGCUGGACGACCCCAAGAUCGACUCCCUGACUGCUUUCAAGGAUGCAGUGAAACGUUUGGAGUGGAUUGCCGGAGGAACAUGGACUCCAUCCGCUCUGCAGUACGCCUACGAGAACCUGAUCCGAGACAGCCGCCGAGCCAAAGCCAACGUCACUGUAGUCGUCAUCACCGACGGACGCUUCGACCCCAGAGAUAACGACGCGCUGCUCACCUCCCUCUGCGGGCAUGAAGGCGUGGACGUGAGCGCCAUCGGUAUCGGAGACAUGUUCGACCAGCUGGAGGAGAACGAGAGUCUGAAGAGCAUCGCCUGCCAGAAGGACGGACGAGUGAUGGGCAUGAGGCGCUUUGCAGACCUGGUGGCCGAGGAGUUCAUCGACAAGAUUGAAACCGUGCUCUGCCCAGAUCCUAUCAUCAUUUGCCCUGAUCUGCCCUGUAAAACAGAGCCUGCAGUGGCUAGCUGUGUCCAGCGGCCAGUGGACGUGGUGUUCAUGCUGGACGGUUCUGAGAGGAUGGGGCUGGAGGACCACCGCAGGGCCAAAGAGUUCAUCGAGAACGUGGCCCGCCGCCUCACGCUGGCCAACGGGCCCAACGACGAGAGGAACGCCCGCCUGGCUCUGCUGCAGUACGGCAGCCCCACAGAACAGACGGUGGAGUUCGCGCUCACACACAACCUGACGGUGAUCUCUGAUUCGUUGGCGAGGGUGAAGUACAUGGACUCCUCCUCUGCUCUGGGCAGCGCUAUCAUCCAUGCUGUCAACAAUGUGGUGAUGCCAAAGCAGGGAGCCCGCACGGCUCGUCGCAACGCUGAGCUGGCCUUCGUGUUCAUCACCGACGGCAUCACCUCCAGCGAGCAGCUGGAGGAGGGCGUGUCCGCCAUGAGGCGGGCGGAGGGCGUUCCCACGGUGCUCGCCGUGGGGACGGACACAGACGAAGACGUCCUGCGGAAGGUGUCGCUAGGGGACAUGUCGGCCAUCUUCAGAGGAGCCGACUACGCCAUGUUGAACAAACCCGCUUUCUUUGAGCGCUUCAUCCGCUGGAUAUGCUAGUGAGGAACUGUAACGCUCUGCACCAUAGAAUUAGACCCCAGAGAGUGAAAGAAGGGCCUUCAGCGCACACGUAAAAACACACAGAGUCGUCAAAAACAAACCUCUGUGUGAUCAUUAUCAUUACUGGAUGUAAGGCACUGAGGCGGCUACAUAUCCUGUUGUUUUUUCUUGUUGUUUUGGGUGGAAAUUGAAUUACAAAAGCCAAAACAAUCCACGUAGGACAAGAUGACACACUCACACAAACACGUAGGCAUGCAAUAUAAUUAGUAAAUUGACUGUUUAUUCAUUCUAAAUCUAUGGGCAGCACUUCCAACCAAAGACACUCAUAAGUAUCCCAGAAGAGAGGUGUAUGAUUAUUGAAUGUGUACGAAAUUAAUUGUACGCUUUUUUGUUUUUAUUUCGUCUUGAUUUUUAGUUUUCAGUCUCUCUCUCUCUCUCUCUCUCUCUCUCUCUCUCUCUCUCUCUCUCUCUUACACACACACUCUUUUCUCACAAAGUCAGUAUUUACAUUAAAGGUGCUAAAAUAGAAAUAAAGGACAAAGCCAUCUGAAUGAUUCUGAUACUUUUUUUUUUUUUUUUUUUACAUAAUGUUAUGCUGUAAUUCCUGUAGUUUGUCCAGGGGAUAAAAAACAUGUCGACAUAUCUUCUCCAGGGAAAACCUCACCAUACGUUCCCCACACACAGCCCCUGUGAAUAACACACACACACAGACACACACACACACACACACACACACAUAUGCUGUAGUUAAUUACACACAUUGACAGACAAACAUGGAAGAACCAAAUCUGUAAACAUGAAGUCCAAAUAAAGCCUAAUGUGGUGACCCCAACACUGUCUUUUGUGUUUGCAAGAUACAUAAAUGUUUGAUGUGUUGAUAUAUGAUAUAUAUAUAUAUUUUUGUUCAUGCACAAUGUCUCAUUAAAUCACUGCAACCUCA